UAAAAAGGGUAGCUUUUGUAUUUUUAGGCUUAUUUCACAAAUGUUGGUGGAUUUGACUGGGGUCUGCAGUUCAAUUGGCACGCUAUCCCGGAACGGGAUAGAAAGUUACGAUCAAGGGCUAUUGAUCCUGUUCGGUCACCGACCAUGGCUGGAGGACUGUUUUCCAUCGAUAAAGCUUACUUUGAAAAACUGGGCACUUACGAUCCUGGUUUUGACAUCUGGGGAGGAGAGAACCUGGAGCUUUCCUUUAAGAUCUGGAUGUGUGGAGGAACGUUAGAAAUUGUGCCAUGUUCCCAUGUGGGCCAUGUGUUCCGCAAACGAUCACCUUAUAAGUGGAGGUCUGGUGUCAAUGUUCUCAAGAGAAAUUCAGUCCGAUUAGCUGAAGUAUGGUUAGAUGACUACAAGAAGUAUUACUAUGAACGAAUUAAUAACCAACUGGGUGAAAUCGGUGACAUAUCUGAGCGUAAAAAAUUACGCGAAAGACUUGGAUGCAAAUCAUUUAAAUGGUAUUUGGACAAUAUUUUCCCUGAACUAUUUGUCCCAGGAGAGUCUAUUGCUAAAGGAGAGGUACGUUAUAAAACCUAUUUUCGUAGUAGAGCUCUUUCCUAUUCUUCACCUUCUACGUCUAACUGUCCUUACUAUCCUCACUAUCACACACACAUCCUCUUCUUCCUACUUUUAUUUCAUAGGUUCUGGAACUGUAAAUGUUUCUUUGAUGUAAGAUAUCACAUUAAAUUAACAUCUGCAGUCACAGCAACAUCUCUUUGUUCCCAAUUGCUGAUGAAUGAAGUUGUAAAUGAUCAGUUCUGGAAUCUUCUUUGUUAG